GUCCGGUCAAGUUCUCUUUUUCAGAUUUGAAGCAUUGCCUGCUUCAGUCUCCUGUCAUUUUCUUGGUUUGUUGUAUUUGUUUGGUAGCACUAAUUUUGACAAUCAUGUUGAAAAACUCGGAGCAGCGCUACCUGGUUCUGGAGAACUACAUUGGAGGAAAGUUAAUUCCUUGUCGGAGUCAUAUCGACUCCUUUGACCCAUCCACCGGCGAGGUUUACUGCAAAGUACCAGACAGUGGCAAGGAGGAGGUGGAGGCAGCGGUGGCAGCAGCGAAAGAAGCUUUCCCUGGCUGGUCUGCUCGCAGCCCAGAGCAGCGAGCACAGAUUCUCAACAAGCUGGCUGACCUGAUCGAAGCUCACCUGGAGGAGUUUGCCCAGGCUGAGUCCAGAGACCAAGGUAAAACAGUAACGUUUGCACGGACUGUGGAUAUUCCCCGCUCUGCAUACAACUUCCGCUUCUUUGCAUCAUCCGUGCUCCACCACACCACCGACUGCAGCCAGAUGGACCACAUGGGCUGCCUCAACUACACUAUCCGCUGCCCUGUGGGAGUGGCUGGUCUGAUUAGCCCCUGGAAUCUCCCCCUGUACCUACUGACUUGGAAGAUUGCACCUGCAAUCGCUGCUGGCAACACAGUGGUAGCCAAGCCCAGUGAGAUGACCUCUGUGACUGCCUGGAUGAUGUGCAAGUUGAUGCAGCAGGCUGGUGUUCCUCCAGGAGUAGUCAACAUCAUAUUUGGGACUGGCCCACAAGCAGGCGAUGCCCUUGUUGGCCAUCCUGAGGUCCCCUUGAUUUCUUUCACCGGCUCCACGGCAACGGCCCAGCGCAUCACAGAGCGGACUGCCCCCUACUGUAAGAAGCUCUCACUGGAGCUAGGAGGGAAAAACCCUGCCAUUAUUUUCGCUGAUGCAGACCUGGACCAAUGCAUUGAAACUACUGUUCGCUCCAGCUUUUCCAACCAGGGAGAAAUCUGCUUGUGCACUAGUAGGAUUUAUGUAGAGAGGAGUAUUUACUCCAAGUUCCUUGAGAGGUUUGUAGCUGCAGCUAAGAAGUGGAAGACCGGUUUGCCCUCUGACCCCAGCAACAACAAUGGAGCACUCAUCAGUAAAGAGCACCUGGAGAAGGUUCGUAGCUUUGUAGCACUUGCCAAAUCCGAAGGUGGCAUCGUCCACUGUGGUGAGGGGGUUGACCAGCUGGACCUCCCAGAACGCAACCGGAAUGGCUACUUCAUGCCAGCCACUGUCAUCUCAGGCAUGUCUGACAACUCUAGAGUCAUACAGGAGGAAAUAUUUGGUCCUGUCACCUGCGUCAGCCCCUUUGACACAGAGGAUGAAGCUGUUUCUAAAGGUAACGGGGUCCGCUAUGGUCUGGCAGCCACUGUGUGGUCACGAGACGUGGGGAAGGUUCACCGGGUGGCCAAGCGGCUACAGGCAGGUCUGGUGUGGACCAACUGCUGGCUGGUGAGAGAUCUGAACCUGCCCUUUGGAGGGAUGAAGAAUUCUGGUGUUGGGAGGGAGGGAGGGAAGGAUUCCUAUCACUUCUUCACAGAGGUGAAGAGUAUCACCAUCAAACACUGAAAACGCAAAGGAAGAUGACAGCAGAGGCAUGUGUUGAAUAGAGGAACAUUUUCUCUUUGAAGUAGGUGCACACAUCGAGAAGGUUUGUCUUGAUACCCAUCAGUCUUUGUCAGCAACAUUUUCAAAAAUGAAUUUCUCCUCCCACCCCCUUGAAUACUAGAGCUUUUAAUUAAGUCACAUUUGUAGAUUAUUGUCCCAAAUUAAAGCACCUUGUAUGAAUGCCACAUGUAGUUCAGUGUGUUUUUGUGUUGACUGCAGCGUCUGAGUUAUGUCAUUGUUGUCUCUGGAAUGCAGUAACUCAUGGCAGUAUCUGUGACACACUGUCAGUAAAAGGUUUGGAAUGACGGCUUUGCAAGUUCGUAACAAGCAAAAUAAGGCCACAGAUAGAUUUAUUUUGCCAAUAAAGAAGUUAAAACGUUACCUUUUUAUCACCACACUUUGUACUUUUCACAAGUCAUGUUGGUCAAAGUCUUCUCUGUUAUAGGAUUUUCUGCGUCAUGUGAACUCAGAAGUACUCAAAGUGACUGUUUUACAGCUCAUUGAUUUGUUUUUAUGUCUGAGUUGCUGACGUAAAGAAAAAAGUGACAAACUGUCCAAUGUGGUAGAUGGACAACAUGUUUGAAGAGAGAAUUAGGAACUUCAGCAAGCUUAACUGGACAACUGUUUGACAGGAAACAAACAUAUACUUUACUGAACUGUAUAGUAGUCCGUUUGAAUAAUAGUGUUGCAUGAUUUGUUAUGAAAAAGCACCUGUGGAAUAUAGCAUUCCCCUAAUUCACAUGGGAAUAUCAGAAAAUUCAGUUUGAGUUUGUAAGUAUCUUUUAUGUGAAUAUGAAAGUUGUGUCCCUUAUAAAAAGACAUCAUGAUCACACCACAUAUUCUACAUAUGAAAGAGCCCCCCAAAAUGUCCCUAUAUGAAAUGAGGUUCCACCUGAUAAAUUAAAACAUAUUGUAAAAUGCUUGUAAUGUAGUUGAGAAAACAGCCUUACAAUUAAGUCUACUUACUAGCUGUUCAGGGGCCUUUGAUCAUAUUACACAGUUUUCUUCCGGAGUGUGUUAGUGUUUUCC